CACAGGAUAUAGAUGAAAUUCAAAAGUCAAAUGUUUUGUAUUAAAAACCACUAGAUAAAAUUUAACUUUAAGCGCAACUGCCUUGGUAACUUGGAAAUAAAAAGAGAAAAUAUUAAAUAAAAUGAUUUCGGAAAAUGAAGUGCAAUUUCAUCACGGGUAAAAUACAUCAGUCUUUUAAAGGCGUCGCCGGGCUGAGGGAUGGUAAUGACCCUCCGCACGCCGCGCCGCCGCAUCUCACCCCGGACCAAGCUGCGGUACCGGGCCAUAAAAGACUUUCUGCGAAGAGCCAUAGGUAGCCCAUCACAACCGGACAUUAAAAUAAAUUCUAGUAUAGCGAUUAAUGUUACGGACUUGAAACACAAAAUAAAUGGCUUGGAGCAUCAGCUCAAUGAAGUGAAUAAGCACUGUCAAGAUUUAGCUGGUAUUGAAACGAGUUCCAAGAAUGAUUGCCCAAUUCUUGUAGAUACUGAAGAUGGAACCGAAUUCGCCUCUUUGAAAGAACAUUCCGAUGUUUCAUCAUUAAAAAAGUCUAGCGUAGUUGAGACGAAACUGUUGUUUAAAACACCAGAGAGUGAAUAUAGGAAAUCUGAUGAUAGCGGAGGCCUUGGAAAUCUAGAUAAUGAUCCCAGUAGUAAAUAUACUGUAAAAUACGAUAACAUGCCUACUAAUCAGUAUGCAAACAAAGAAAAGAUUAAAAUAAAGAAUAAAAUGGACGAUCAACUGAAGGUGAUCAAUGAAAGUCAACCAAAUUUACGCAAGCACAAAACCCAAUCUGCGUAUGAAAAAAUUGGGUCACAUGCGACCACCAGCAGCUGCCACUCACUCAAUAAUCAUCAUACGCCUUACGUUCGCGACACUUUAUAUCAUGGAAGACACUAUGAAAAGAAACAUCGGCAACGCGAUUGCAUAGACCCUAUACCAACUAAAGCGAUUAAAGUUAAAAAACUGAAGGAACCUAGUAUUAGAAGAAAUAGUCCCCAGAAUGUUAUACAUUACGAAAGUAAACGUAAACACAAAACUAAACUUUCACGUAAUUUGGAUGAAGAUUUUAUCGCUGAUUUAAUUAAACGACAGUACAGACCAAUAAAGAUUCGUAAGCGAGAAUCUGGUAUGAGUCAAAUAUCAGCACCGGUUUGUCGCGACCAAGAGUAUAAGAUACGUGAAGAUAUUUUAGAAGGAUCAGACUUAUGCUCCUGUUGUAUUGACGGACGAAAAAAGAAUAAAAUCUACCCUUAUAAUAAUGGAUUGGACGAAAAGCGUAGCAUCUGUGAUACUAAACUAUACAGUUCGAAAAAUCAAAUGCGUCGUAAUCAUCAUCAUCGGAAAGAAGUUGUUUACAAUAAAUACGACGUUUAUAAUGAUUCUGAACAAUACGACCUUAUUCCGGUAAAGGAAAAAUCAAGUCCAAAAUCAAGACGAAAGAUGUUUAUAGAUGCCCCAAUCCCACAUAACUACUAUAAGGAAGUUCCACCCUCACCUCGAACUCAAAGACCUAAGCUGAAUCUUAAAGCUCAAUAUUUUACAGAAUUUGAAGAUUACAUGAUGCACCGUAACGAGUAUAAGCGUCGUAAUUAUUCUUCAAAUAGACAUAGAUUACUUUCCAAUGAUUUUUACAGCAACGAAUCUUCAGAUGCAAUGGUAUAUUACAAAGGAAAACGUAAAUCUCAGUUAACCAAACAUUUUAAGAAUGAGCAACAUGUACAACAAGAUAUUGGUACUAUGAGUUUCCCACCAUCUCCAGUGUACCAUACAGAGCAAAAUAAUCACAACGAUAAUACUUUUAAUAAAACACAAGAGUCAGACUUACCAGGAAAUAAAACCGAUAAAGCACUCAGCGAAAUUAAAGACAUCCUUCAAAGUUUUUUACAAGAAAUAAAAAAGGAAACAGUGUCGGUCUCACAUUGUGGUAAUUCUGAUAUGACUCCAAACAAAACUGGGGACAAAUGUAUUAAUGAUUAUCAUCCUAGUAGUACCAAAUUAAAUUCAUCAGCAAUACCUGAAAGUGGUCUUUGCGUUAACAACUUCAGCAUUCCUCAAUACUAUAAUAAAUCUCCGUCCUUUAUUCCUCCUUACACAAAUCCUUGUUGUUAUCCUAUUCUUCCUAUUUGUCCAAUGAACUGUAUGCAAAGUGGUUUUAUCUUGCCUACUCCUAGUUGUACUUGCAAUUGUGUGAAUAGUUCCAAAGACGCUCAGCUCAAUCCGAAUGAAUCAAACACUGCUAAAUCUGGCACUAACACUGAAGAGUUAAUAAAAGAAAUUUAUAAAUUCGUUGCACAAAAUCAAAAUAAUGAUCUUCGAAAAGAUCCUGAGAAAAAAGAGAGACUAGAUUCUUCUAAAGGGAGACAGGAUGAUAAAUUACUUACUUCUAGAAGUGCCGGUGAAAGUUCAAGAGUUUCUAAGCGCGAUGUUGAAGUAGCGACGCAGAAAGUAAAAUGUCACUCGAAAAGCUGUGAAGCAAUCGGUUCUAGGAUGACGUCCGAUACAUUAUACUCCAGGACCAAUCCAACCUAUUCAGACACCGUACUCGAAAGGCUUAGCCUGGAAGCCACAGCCUCUACUACAGGGUCGGAAUCGAGUAGCGAACAAAUUAAUUUGAAAAAGGGUAUUAAGAAAAACAAGUUUACAAAAGUGCUACGUUCAUUUGGCCUACUGAAAAAGAAAAAAGAUGUAAUUGAAGAAGUUAGCGAAAGUGAGAGUACUUUUGAAGUCAGUAUAAAAGCUAAGCCACCAUUUCAUCAGGAAAUUACGAACUACUCCAUGCACUGUCAAGAAUAUUGCAAUCGUCCGCCGAUACCGACGCGUAACGAACCAUACCAUUCCUGUUCCGGAUCUCCAAGAGGCUGUCCCCAUAAAUGUCCUAGACAUGGCAGUUCCACGCAAUCUCCUAUGUAUGAAUGUUAUAAUAACCAUAAACUUCCUUGUGGUCAUCGUACAGAUUCUCCGUACCAGUCCCCGCGACCACAUCCAUCCGCUCCCCCUUACCCCAACCCCUAUGGUCAUCUUCAUCACACGCAACCUCAAGUGCCAUUAUGCUUAAAAGAAAUAGAGGUAAAAAGCACAGGUACGCAGAGUGAAAGAAAGAUGCCAUUUUUUCGAAGGUUUAAGAAGAGAAUGCAAGAACCUGUUUCAGUCCAAAGAAUCGACGAAUAUGGUGCUAGAAAUUGCGCAACACAAACGGCCGGGAAGCCGCAACCAACUAAAAUACUACCUAGUAGUAAAUUAGGAAACUUUAACUGGAAAACUUUACAAGCUAAAGUAAAUGAAUUGGAUAAAUCCGACAAUUUUACAUACAAAACUCAGAAAAAAUUGGCAGAAGGCGACAUGAAAAUGAGAAACGCAAUGUUCAAGAAGUUAUUUUACAAGAAGAAUCCAUUUUCUCCUAGGAAUUUGAUUGUGAGAACUGUUCUUGGAAAAGACAAAUCUAGCUAUGGUGAACCACCGAUGUUGUAUAGACCGCGUCUGUUCUUGUAGGUGUGUUGUGCAAUCCGAUUAAGUUGUGUAAGUAAAAGAAUAAGUGGAAAUCAUUUGGUGAUUGUUUGAUGUCAAUUGUUAUUGUUUUGAGUUUUAAUAAGCGUUUGAAAGAA